AUGAACACCGAGCAUCCCUCCCUUGCCACUCACGUCAAAGAAAUCAUGAAGAAUGCGUGAGCGCAAGGGUACUUUCACCUUGUGACUGCGCAGUUCCUGACACAAUCCCCUUUCAGUAACUCUUACAAGCCAGAAAUUGUAGCCAUUGCAAAAGCACUGCAGCGCGCCUUCAAACCAGUUCAAAAGAGAAAGCGCAAUAACAAGCCACUGGUGCCAGAGAAGAACCCGCUGACGCCAGAGAAGCCACCAUUGUUGCCAGAAGCCUUCGCUUGGCUUGGCAAGCAGGCCCUUGUCAAAGCGCUGGUCCAUCUAAAGAGUCUUCGUUUCUGGAGGCGCGCUGCUUGA